AUGAUCCUCCUCCGCUCAUCUUUCCGGAGGCUGGGAUCGACUCGCGAUCCGUCCCUCGUAUGUUCACGAUGCCUCAUACGCAACAAUCGUUCUCAUCCGCCCUCCGCCCUCCGCAGCUUCCUGUCGUCCGCGCGAUCACAGUCAAGUGUUGCAGAUGAUCAAUCCUCUUCCGCCGUCCUCCAGAAGACGUAUUUCUCUGCGAAUCGAGGCAUUGAGGGUACAGUGAGCAAGGAUGGCAUUUCCCCGUCGUUAUCCACCACCAGUUCCGCGCAAGCGAAUGCUGCCAAUACCUCCAGAAGCGAAGGAGAGGCGGGGUCGGCCUCUAUGCAAUCAAUUGAGUCGGAAUUGCCCCAUCGUCGAAGGAAACGUCUAAAGGAAGAGGCAGCUGGGAAUAACGGAGCAGAUCAUGUUAUUCCUCCAGAUGCCUCGGCGCAGUUGUCGCACCUCUCAGCCACCCUCCCCAAAACCUCUAUUCGACGUAAAAUAGCCGCUUAUCUUGCUCUCACGAAACCUCGUCUUUCAGUGUUGAUCGUGCUGUCUACGACAUCUGCCUAUGGCAUGUACCCUAUCUCGUCUCUCCUUGCUCUCGACCCAUCAAUGACGCCGCUCCCGACUCUAUCAACUUCUACACUUACUCUUCUUUACCUCACGGCGGGAACAUUCCUUUCGUCCUGCAGUGCCAAUACAUUGAAUAUGAUGUUCGAACCGAAAUAUGAUGCACUGAUGUCCCGGACACGGAACCGGCCCAUCGUCCGCGGUCUCGUCUCCCGCCGUGCUGCCCUCCUGUUUGCCGUUGCUACAGCCGCCUCGGGUCUCGCUCUGCUCUACUUCGGCACGAACCCAACUGUGACUGGUCUGUCGGCCGCUAACAUCUUCCUAUACGCCUUCGUUUAUACGCCAUUGAAGCGUAUACAUGUGAUCAAUACCUGGGUCGGUGCUAUUGUAGGAGGUAUUCCUCCGCUCAUGGGUUGGGUCGCAGCGGCAGGCCAGACAGCGACAACCGGCCACGACACAUGGCGCGACAUGCUCUUCAGCAAAGAUAGCAUUGGUGGCUGGUUGCUCGGAGGCAUCUUAUUCGCCUGGCAAUUUCCCCAUUUCAACGCCCUCUCCCAUACUAUCCGCGAGGAAUACAAGAGAGCCGGAUACAAAAUGCUCUGCUGGGUUAAUCCCGCUCGAAAUGCCCGUGUCGCGUUGCGUUAUUCUAUCCUGAUGUUCCCGAUCUCCAUUGGUCUUUGGUAUGUUGGUGUUGUCGGCCACGGCUUCUUGGUAAGUAGCUCAAUCGCCAACGGUUGGUUAGUGAAAGAAGCAUAUCAUUUCUGGCAGCAUCAAGGUGCCAAUGGCACAGCCCGCGGUUUGUUCUGGGCCAGUAUCUGGCAACUUCCCAUCCUGCUUGUCGGCGGUCUCGUUACAAAGAAGGGUCUAUGGGACGGUGUCUGGAGAAACGCCUUCGGCCAACCUGAAGAAGACGAGGAUGAUUAUCUCUACUAUGACGACGAAGGUGAGGAUGAAGAGACAGGAAAUCAGAUCGUAUCUCAGUCAGCGUCUGUGGCUGGCUCCCGUCCUGCCAACGCUGCAUAG